AGCUUCCGCUUUUCACUACCAAGGUUCGCAGUUCGAGGAGAGGCUGCUCGAGAGCAGACCACGGUUACCCUCUUGCGACCAGCGCCCGUGAUCUUGGCCCCUUGUAGCUUGUUCAGCGUUCUCUGCAUGCGUUCAUGUCGUUCCGUGUCGCGUAUAACAGUUGAGUGACGAUCGAGAGAAAGAGAAAGAGGCGGAGGAAUUAAUUUUCUUUUCAAAAUUCUACGGUGCAUGGAAUUCCAGCCAGAGAGUGCUUUACCCUCGUCGUUCUAUGCUUUCUUCCAUUAUCUGUAUAAUCGAAUAAAAGGGAAACGAUCGAUAACAGAGGAAGAGAUUGAAGAAUGCGAGUGUAAAUAGCCAGGGAGAAAAGAGAAGAGUAACGAAGCGAAGAAAGGGGAGAAGAAGAGAUUCAUAAUGGGGAAACUGAUUGCGUUGAUAAUGAUAAUCGGCAUUAUCUGUGCCUGCACCUGCGGAGGACGUACGGAAUGCGGAAGCCAUGCGCAGAUCUCGUUGCUGACUAGUAUCCACGAUGAUCCAACCUGCAGGAAGCUGUCCGCUAGAGGAAUACUCCUCUACGAAGCUGCGAAAUUACUCACCGAAAUCCACAACAAUAAGACUGCUGGCUAUGAUAUCGAAUUGUCUGUCUUGGACACAUGCGGCAGUAUAACUGGUGCUCUAAAAGCAGCGAUGAAGGCUCUCGUGGGGGCAGACACAAGCUGUUUGCAACCGCCUUAUUACUUAGGAAUUAUCGGCCCAGAUACUGCGACAAAUGCGGAAGCCGUACACAAGAUUACGUCAGUGCUGAAAGUGCCGCAUAUCGUGAGACGAGAAUCGGAUUCUCCAUAUCUUCAUCAUCUAGUGAAGGAAUCUGAUUCUUAUCUAGUCCAGGGAACAUUGAAGGUCGUAGAGGAACUGAAGUGGAAGUCAUUCACAUUGGUGGUGAACGCUGACGAAGAUGGCGAAGACGACUCUCAGAACAUUGCCAAAAGACUGACAAUGGGGGCUAUUCAAAGGGGCCUCUGCGUUUUGAUCUAUGACGGUGAUCCAGACGACUUAACCACGCAUAUCGUGCAUAUUGGAUUACCAGAAGAAGGAUUCUUUGCUAAAUCGACAAACGCUACUGUUCUGGUCAUCAGCGAAGGGCGCCUUGAGGAACACCUGAAACCCAUCAACUCAACAAAUACUAUACUGCUCCUAGAAGACUCCAGGAAUGAGUUCCCGGGGUUAGAAGCAAGAGUGGAGAAAUCAAAAUGGUGGCCUAGCAAUGAAGUCGGCAAAUACGAUACUGAGGAACUAAGGGAGAUUAGGUGGCUCGAGGACGCGAUAAAAGCUUACGCGAAAGCGUUAGAUACGCUAUGUAAAAAGAAGAAGUGCAAGACCGUAGUGAACGCCGUAGAUUGGAACAACGUUCUAGCGAACGUGGUCGCAGAACAUGCUAGAGAAUCGCAAACAGCCGCUGCGUCAUUAGAGCUGUCGAUGAAGGUGAAGACGGGAGAGCUGCAAACUAUAGGCACAAUCGUUGUUCAAAAAACUAAAGUGAAACUAUAUUGGGGUGACGGCGAUGACGAUGAUGACGAAAAACACGGUGAGAACGGAAAGGAUGACAACGACGACGAUGAUGAUAAGGAGGAAAUGCCAAAAGCAUUCAAGAAAUUGAUCGCUAAAGAAAAAGGAACGAGAACCGGUUGCGCUACCACUCCUAAAGAGAUAAAGCUGUUGCACGAAGACGACGACGAGGCUGCUCAGAUUUUAGUCUCUGAAGUGGACCAUACCGAGUGGUGGACCAUGGUUGGUACGGUUAGCGGGGUCGGUGUGGCUAUGUUCGUCAUUGGAAUCCUAGCUGUUUACGUCGUGUACACGAACAUUCGUGGUCCAUCGGCUCCUAAAAACGCUCGCAUCGAAAGGGACACCAGUCUGAGACGAGUGGGCAGUGACAGGGAACCACCUGUCCGCACGCAAAGACAUGCCCGUGCAAUGCAGAGGAGGGACAGCAACAGAAGCACUGUUUCAGAGAAGAGUGUCUGAGAUUUUUCGCUGCAAACAACAUCAACGACUAAAACAAGUCAUGCACUUAAACGAACCGAAUACUCUAGGACUACGAUAUUUGAUAUAAUCAUACCGAUUUUGAGUUGUUUCCGGUCGAUUCGAAUCGGUUUAAAUUAUCUAAAUUAUAAAAGUAAUUUAGAUUGAUUUAAUAUAUGUCGUUAGAUCUUCUUUUGGAUCGGUUCGAAUGAGUUUGAGUUUAUUUGGUUUUGAUUGUAACUAUUUUUCAUCAACUCGUACUUGUUCAAUUGGGUUUUAGUUAGUUUUAGUCGAUUUCGAUGUAUCCGGAUUUUGUUCAAGUUUGUUUGAAUAUACUUGAAUAUGAUUUGGUUUUAAUUGAUACAAA